AUGUCGCGCACACGGGCCACUCACACGGCCCUCGCCGCCGGUACCCGCGGCGGCGCGCCGCCCACCGCCCCGGCCCCUCAGCCGCAGCCUGGACCGGGCCCCUUCCAGGCGCCGCCGCCGCCCGGGUUCCCCUACCCGCAGCAGCAGCCGGCUCCGCUGCCGCCACCCGCCGAGCAUCGCGGUGGCCGCCGUGGCCGCGGUGGCCGCAAGCAACAGCAGCAGCAGCCGGCCGCCCAAGGCGGGGCGCCGCGCCACCCGCAGCAGCAGCUCCCGCCGGCGCCCUGGCAGGCCGGCCAGAACCCCUGGACGGGGGUCGUUCACGCGUACUCCAUGCCCAUACCGCGCGCCCCCGUCCCCGGCUUCUUCGGCACCCCCCGGCCUCUCAUCAGGCGCUUCACGCGGCUCCUCAUCUGUACACGCCCGCGCUGUCCUACGGCCCCUCCGCGGCCUAUGGGCUUCCUUCGGCCGGUGGGUACCCACCGCUCCUCGCGGCGCCGCCACCACAGCCACAGCCGUCCGCUCCGGCACUCCCACUGGUGCCUUGGGACCCGCGCUCCUAGUGGCCCUCCACACCGCCCCCACGCCGCAGAAGUACACUAG